AUGUUGGCUUCCCCACUCUCUCUCUCUCUCUCUCUCUCUAGGGAGUAAGACCAGCUUUCAUUUCUCUCUCUUUUAUAAUUCGUGUCUGAGAAAGGAAAACAGAGAUAAUAGCACAGAAAAAUGGAAGGAUGCUCGAAGAAGAUGAGCUCCAAAGGGAAAAAAGAGAAAGACUUGUAUCAUAUUAUACACAAGGUUCCUUGUGGCGAUAGUCCUUAUGUUAAAGCUAAACAUGCUCAGCUGGUUGAAAAAGAUCCAGAAGCAGCCAUAGUAUUGUUUUGGAAAGCGAUAAAUGCAGGAGAUAGAGUCGACAGUGCCCUAAAGGACAUGGCAGUGGUGAUGAAGCAACUUGACAGAACUGAAGAAGCGGUUGAAGCCAUCAAGUCUUUCAGAGGCCGUUGCUCCAAACAGGCCCAGGAAUCCCUUGAUAACGUUCUCAUCGACCUAUACAAGAAAUGUGGGAAAAUAGAGGAGCAGAUCGAUCUGCUAAAGCGGAAGCUAAGAUUGAUCUAUCAAGGAGAGGCCUUCAAUGGAAGACCAACGAAGACUGCACGCUCUCAUGGCAAGAAAUUCCAAGUUUCCGUUAAACAAGAAACUUCAAGAUUAUUGGGAAAUUUGGGUUGGGCCUACAUGCAGAAAUCGAAUUUUAUGAUGGCAGAGGUAGUGUACCAGAAAGCCCAGAUGAUCGAUCCAGAUGCAAACAAAGCCUUGAAUCUGAGCCUAUGCCUGAUCAAACAGGCUCGAUAUGAUGAAGCAUAUGCUGUGAUUCAAGAUGUAUUACAAGGUGGACUUCCGGGUUCUGCAGAUUGCAAGUCAAGGAAACGUGGCGAGGAAUUGAUAAUAGAGCUAAAAUCCAGGCAGUCUUCACUGGAUUCAUCAGAGAAAAUAGUGGGCCUUGAUGAUGAUUUUGUCAAGGGGCUUGAGCAGUUGAUGAAUGAAUGGGGCCCAUUUAGAUCAAAGAGACUACCCAUCUUUGAAGAGAUUUCUUCAUUUAGAGAUCAAUUGGCUUGUUAAAAUAUUUCCUUUGGUUAUUUUUUUAGGGGGGGGGUUGUUUUGUUCAUAUAAGGUGGGGCCGGGGGUGUGAGAGAAGAAAGUAUAGUACUUUGGGGGUAGAAUAGAAUAAGGUUAAGUUGUAAGUAAUGGGCCAAAAGAAAGUAUUAAGGCUCGAUCUGUAUGUUAGUCUAAAUAGAGGAGUUGUUUGCUAAACCAAGCUGCUUAAUUUGGUUUGGGUUUAUUUGGGCUGUUCUACUAAUAAAAUAAAAAGAAGUUCCAACA